AGCGUCGCCGCCCUGACGCGGGAGGAUGUGAAGAUCUGGCUGAUGGGCCUGCAGUGGUUUGUGGCCGACACACAGAAGUCCGCCACGCCCCUGCAGAUCGAACGGUGGUUGAGGAAACAGUUCUACUCGUUGGAUCGUAACCGCGGCAACACUGUGGGCAUGAAGGAGCUAAAAGUCUUCCUGCCAAAUGUCAACUUCAAGGUGCCCAGCAUGCGCUACCUGAGGGACAAGUUCGUGGAGGUGGAGCCAGGCCCAACAGAAAUGUCCUUUGAGCAGUUUGCACUUUUCUACAAGAACCUCAUGUUUGACUGCCAGCGUGUGAUCCUGCAGCAUCUCCUGGAACAGGGUCUGUCCGUGAGCUUCAGGAACCGCAUUCCUCUGGAUGAGUUUCAGAAGUUUCUCAUCUGGGACCAGAAGGAGAGCUGGGCCAACGACGUGUCGAAAGUGCGUCGCUUCAUGGAGCUGUACCUCAACGACCCCAUGCGGGAGAUUGAGGAGCCCUACUUCGCUCUGGAGGAGUUUGUGACGUACCUGUUCUCGCGCGAGAACAGCAUCUGGGACGCCAACCAGGAGCGCCUCUGCCCCGAAGAGAUGAACCAUCCCAUCAACCACUACUGGAUCGCCUCGUCGCAUAACACGUACUUGACGGGAGAUCAGUUCUCCAGCGAGUCGUCCACAGAGGCGUACGCACGCUGCCUACGCAUGGGAUGUCGCUGCAUUGAACUGGACUGCUGGGACGGUCCUGAGGACACGCCGAUCAUCUACCACGGCCACACGCUCACCUCCAAGAUCCGCUUCCUGGACGUCAUCUACACCAUCCGCGACCACGCAUUCCUCACCUCCCAGUACCCCGUGAUCCUGUCCAUCGAAGACCACUGCACCAUCCCGCAGCAGCGCAAGAUGGCGCAGCUGUUCCGCCAGGUGUUUGGGGACGCGCUGCUCACCAAGGCGGCCGACGGGCCCGUGGACGAGCUGCCCUCGCCCAGCCAGCUCAAGAACAAGAUCGUCGUCAAGCACAAGACGAUUGAGUCGCAGGUGCUGGAGGAGAGUGUGGGCAGCGAGACGGAUCUCAGCAACUCGCUCAAGAACGGCAUCCUCUUCCUGCAGGACCCCGUCGACCACGAGUGGAACCCGCACUACUUUGUGUUGACCAACGCCAGGAUCUUCUACUCGGAGGAGACGGCGGUGACGCGGCCCGCUGACGACGACGAGGGGGAGGAGGCGCCCGGGGAGGAGCUGGGGCGAGGCGAGCUGCACUACAGCGAGAAGUGGUUCCACGGCAAGUUGGCGGGCGGACGCAGCAUGGCGGAGAGCCUCCUGCUGGAUGUGUGCAGCGUGGGGGGCGGGGCGGGGGGGGCGGUGGCGGGGGGGGUUUGCGACGGGGGGCGCGAUGGGACGUUCCUCGUGCGCGAGAGCGAAACCUUCGUGGGGGACUACACGCUGUCAUUCUGGCGCUCUGGGCGGGUGCAGCACUGCCGCAUCCACUCCCGGCAGGAGUCGGUGCCGGUGCGCUACUACCUGACGGAGAACCUCAUGUUCGACUCGCUCUACUCGCUCAUCAUGCACUACCGCGACGUGCCUCUCCGCUGCAACGAGUUUGAGAUGCGGCUCACGGAGCCCGUGCCCCAGCCCAACGCGCACGAGAACAAGGAGUGGUACCACGCCAGCCUGUCGCGGGGCGAGGCGGAGCACAUGCUGAUGCGGGUGCCUCGCGACGGCGCCUUCCUCGUGCGCAAGCGCAGCGAGACCAACUCCUACGCCAUCACCUUCCGUGCCGAGGGCAAGAUCAAGCACUGCCGCAUCCAGCGAGAGGGCCGCCUCUUCAUGCUGGGCAGCUCGGCCGAGUUUGAGAGUCUGCUGGAGCUCGUGUGCUACUACGAGCGGCGGCCGCUCUACCGCAAGAUGCGCCUGCGCUACGCCGUCAACGAGGACACGCUGCACAAGCUCGGCACCGACGACCCGGACUACAACGCCCUCUACGGCAUCGGCAACAACCACCUCUACGUAGAGCCCAACCAGAUGCCUCCCUCCAAGUGCUCGGUGAAGGCGCUGUACGAAUACAGGGCUCACCGUGACGACGAACUCUCCUUCGUCAAGAACUCUGUCAUCUACAACGUGGACAAGCAGGACGGUGGCUGGUGGUGCGGUGACCACGGCGGCAAGAAGCGGCACUGGUUCCCGGCAAACUACGUGGAGGAGAUGUCCAUCCCUCAGCCUCCGGAGGCCGAGGGAGUCGACAGCAGCCCGCUGGGCUCCCUGCAGAAGGGAACCAUCGACCUCAAAUCGUGCACAGUCGCUGCCCUCACGCAAGGCAAGGGGGGGCAGCGCUGGGUGUUUGCCCUCAUGGCCGGGGGCAGCAGCUCGGCCUCGCUGGAUGUGGCGGCGCCCGACGAGAGGGAGCUCAGCGACUGGAUGACCAAAAUAGUGCAGGCCAAGCAGGUGGCGGGCACACGGAGCUCCAAGCGCACCGAGGAGGAGAAGCGGAAACGAGUCGCCUCCGAGAUCUCCGAGCUCGUCAUUUACUGCCGCCCCGUGCCCUUCGAAGGCCCCAAGUUGAGCUGCCGCGAGAUGUCGUCCCUGCCGGAGACGAAGGCGGAGAAGUAUUGCCGGCGCGGUGCGGCCCGUCCGCUGGUGGAGCACAACCGGCGGCAGCUGAGCCGCGUCUACCCCAAGGGGCAGCGCAUCGACUCCUCCAACUACGACCCGCUGCCCCUGUGGGCAUGCGGCACGCAGAUGGUGGCUCUCAACUACCAGACGCCUGACAAGCCCAUGCAGCUGAACCAGGCUCUGUUCAAGCUGAACGGCGCCAGCGGCUACGUGCUGCAGCCCGAGUCGAUGCUGCGCGGAGACUUUGUCGACCCGUUCUGCAACAGCGCUCUGCCCACCAGCGACACAGUCAGCCUGCAGAUCAUGAUCUUCGGCGCCCGCCACCUGCCCAAGAACGGGCGCAGCAUCGCGUGCCCCUUCGUGGAGGUGGAGGUCUGUGGGGCCGACUACGACUGCAACAAGUACAAGACGGAGGUCGUACCGGACAACGGCCUGAACCCCGUGUGGAGUGUCAAGUCCCCGGGCCUGGUGUUCGACAUCCAGAGCCCGCGUCUCGCCUUCCUGCGCUUCGUGGUCUACGAGGAGGACAUGUUCAGUGACCCCAACUUCCUGGCACAGGCCACCUUCCCCGUGCGCGGUCUCAAGUCUGGCUUCCGCUCCGUGCCCCUGCAGAGCAGCUACAGCGAGGACCUUGAACUGGCCUCGCUGCUCGUUCACAUCUCCAUCACCAACGUCAAGGAGGCGGACGACGAGGAGAUGUACUCGUCGAUCCAGCAGCUGCGCGACCGCACGACGGAGCUGCAGAGCCAGGUGAUCCUGUACGAGAGCCGGCGCAGCGACGCCGCCAGCGUCACGCGCUACGAGCAGCGCCUGCGCGAGCUGGAGGACGCGCAGGAGCAGCUCAUGGAGCUCACGGCGACACGCUCGGAGCGGUUGCGGGAGAGGGAGCAGGCUCGCAAGCACCAGCAGAAGGGCCCCUCCAAGUACUGACAGCCCCCGCCAGGACCCCCCCCUCCUCACCAGGACCCCCCCUCCUCACCAGCACCCCCCCUCCUUACCAGGACCCCCCCUCCUCACCCACCACCUCACCCACUCCAGAGUCCUCACCUGGGAACCAGCGUCACACCGCCCCCACGCGAUGAUGGUGAUGGUGAUGACGGAGGUGGUGGUGGUGACGAUGACGAUGGAGGUGAUGAUGAUGAAGGUGAUGAUGAUGAUGGUGGUGGAGGUGGUGACGAUGAUGGAGGUGGUGAUGAUGAUGACGGUGGUGGUGAUGAUGAUGAUGGAGGUGGUGAUGAUGAUGACGGUGGUGGAGGUGGUGACGAUGAUGAUGAUGGAGGUGAUGAUGGAGGUGGUGACGAUGGUGGUUGAGGUAAUGAUGAUGGUGAUGUUGGCUCGGCCGUGGUUGGUGGACUUUAGACCAGGGCGAGGUUGUGGCCAGGGUAACAAAACCUGUGGAAAGGUUGUUGCGGGGAGAGGGUUUAAGUGGUGGCGGUGGUGGUGGUUGUGGCCCCGGUUUUACACGUUUUCAGUUUGUCCACCGCGUUCUUAAAUAUAUGGAGACAUUUUUAUUCCGCUAAUUAUAAUAAUUAUUAUUGGUUGUUGUUGUUGUCCUCGUUAUCGUUGUUGUUGUUUAACGUGAAGGGGGAAAAUGUGUCGUCUUGAUUCUCUCGGAUAUCACGAAGCGAGAGAGACGGA